UCAUCAUUAUUCAUCGGUAAAAUAUAAAACGUGUAUAACAUUUUUUAAGUUAAUAUUUCACAUACAACAAGCUGAAAUAAAUAAAUAAAUAAAUGUUUCUUCAGAGUAUUAAAUUAUUAAAAACAUAUUUAAAUUGGAAACCAUCUUAUAUUACUUAUAAUGUUUCAUUGCAGCGUAUGAUGUGUAAUAACAGUAAAGAUAAUCAUAUAGUUUGGAUAGAUAUGGAGAUGACAGGAUUAGACAUAGAAAUAUGUCACAUUUUAGAAAUCAGUUGUUUAAUUACUGAUAGUGAUUUAAAAAUCAUAAAUGAGCCUUUAAAUAUUGUAAUAAAUCAAUCAGAUUCUAUUUUAGAUAAUAUGGAUGAUUGGUGUAAAGAACAUCAUAAAAAAACAAAAUUAAUUGAAGAUGUUCGUAAUAGUAAAAUUUCCUUAAAAGAUGCUGAACAAACUGUAUUAAAAUUUUUGAAGAAAUAUAUUCCAAGAGGUAAAUGCCCUUUGGCUGGUAACUCUGUUUACAUGGAUCGCUUGUUUUUAAACAAAUACAUGCCAUUAGUUAAUGAUUAUUUACAUUAUAGAAUUAUAGAUGUUAGUAGCAUUAAAGAACUAGCAAGAAGAUGGAAUCCACAAAUUUAUAAUUCUAUUCCUCCAAAAACAUGUAAGCAUCGAGCUACUUCUGAUAUUAUAGAGAGCAUACAAGAAUUGGUUUAUUAUAAAAAUCAUAUAUUUGUAUCAGAAAAUACUGAGAAGAAUUUAUUCUAAAAAAAAACGAAUACAUAUAGAUUUUUUUUUAAAUUAAUAUUUCACAAUAUUUCCUUUAAAAGUUUGAAUUUUUAUUUACAUCCCUACACCGGGCAGAUUGAAUAAACUACUCUAUUGAAUAUGUUCUUUCAAAAAUAUUUGAAGUUAAUAAAAGUUCUUUCAAAACUU